UUUCGAUGAAGGGAAGGCAGUGGGAAAGAUGGCGGCGGCCCUGGAACCCUCUGGGUGGUGGCAGCUGUGGCGGCGGCGUUUGUCGGCUCGGGAUGGGUCCAGGAUGUUGCUCCUUCUUCUUUUGUUGGGGUCUGGGCAGGGGCCACGGCAAGUCAGGGCGGGUCAAACGUUCGAGUACUUGAAACGGGAGCACUCGCUGUCGAAGCCCUACCAGGGUGAGGCGCCGGGGGCGAGGUGGUCGUGCUUGGGGAGAGCUUCCGGACCUGAGCUUGUCCGUAGAGGCGGGGGCAGUGAAAGGCUUCAUGGCCCCGACGAUGCUGCCGGCUGUGGGUGGGGGCACCGGGGCCUCUCGUUGUGUUUGGGAGCCACGGGUAAGAAGGGCAGGGGCCCGUUUACCCUCACCCCGACCCCGGAGUUAGCCCUGGGAGUUUCCAGCAGGUCGAAGCCGCACUCUCGGAUGCCGCUAGCGCCGGGCCUGGAGGAAGGAGAGCUUAGAGUUGAACAGGAGGAAUGUGGGAAGGGGAGAGCACUGCGACCGAUGGGAGUGAUUGAGGACCACUAGCAAUGAGCCGGGCUCCGGAUGGAGCUGUGGAUGUGCUAGAAAUAAAGAAGGCGGCAGAGGUAGGGUAGAACUUGGCCGGACUGAGAAGAUAAAAUUCUGUUGCCAGUUGAGACACGUGUUCUUCUCCAGUCCGGGAGCCCUAUUGAUGAAAGAGGCUGGUUAGCUUUGCUCUGUUUAGUGUUCGUAGACCGCUAGGCACAGCUUAUCAACCAGAAAAUUUACACGGUUAGCUACAAAGAAGACCAAAUCAGUGUAGAUGGCUUAAUCAACACAAGUCUGUUCCCCACUGGAAGAUAUGGAGACAGCAAACAAACAAAAACACAGAGUGCAAGAGUGUAUACGCUGCUGCUAAGGGUGAUUAUUUACUUAGCAGAUGCAUCCAGUGCCUUCUCGUUGCUAAUACUGUGGGUUAUACAGACACAAAGUUCUCACUCUCAAGGGGCUGAUAGUCUGAAGUAAGGAGAAAAGUAGCUUCACUCUUGGGUUGUUCAAAGAAAGAAUGUGAUUAAGCCCCAGAGCCCCAAAGGGUCAAGCUCUUUUGGUAUAACUGGGGAAACUUUUUAUUUCAUGGUGCUAAAAUUUACUCACAUACAAAAUGGGGAAGAAUGGAUCUGAGCUGUGGCUACUGUGGCAUGGGUAAAGUGACAGCUCUGAUGUGCUCUGGGGUCUUAACCUGAGAAAGUCUUUGUGAAAGGAGACUGUAAAGAUGGUAAAGAGUUGAAAUGUUAUGAGUGACAGAAGGUGGGAGAUCGAGUGACAUGAAAGGAAAAAACGGUGAUGACUCCAGCUUUCGGAGGGUCCAUGGUGGCUUUCCGAACGGGUUGGUGUUGAAGAGAAUGAACUGAUCUACUUCCUCUCCGUAGGUGUAGGCACAAGCAGUUCCUCCCUGUGGAAUCUGAUGGGCAAUGCCAUGGUGAUGACCCAGUAUAUCCGCCUUACCCCAGAUAUGCAAAGUAAACAGGGUGCCCUGUGGAACCGGGUGGUUUUGAUACACAAUUCAAAAGAAGAAAAACAAGAGUCUGUUUGGUAACCACCUCCUUAAAUGUUUUUCCACCAGAGGCUGUCCCUGUGCUGGGGAUGGUGGUGUUCUCCUUUGGUGCAUUUGUGCUCCUUGGCCGUGGGCCUGAGCCAUGUUUCCUGAGAGACUGGGAGUUGCAGGUGCACUUCAAAAUCCACGGACAAGGGAAGAAGAACCUGCACGGGGACGGCUUGGCGAUCUGGUACACAAAGGAUCGGAUGCAGCCAGGGCCUGUGUUUGGAAACAUGGACAAAUUUGUGGGGCUGGGAGUAUUUGUAGACACGUAUCCCAAUGAGGAGAAGCAGCAAGAGGCCCAGAAGAGACGAUAUUCUCCCGGAGUCCAGCGGGUUUUCCCCUACAUCUCAGCCAUGGUGAACAAUGGCUCCCUCAGCUAUGAUCACGAGCGGGACGGGCGGCCUACAGAGCUGGGGGGCUGUACGGCCAUUGUCCGCAAUCUCCAUUAUGACACCUUCCUUGUGAUUCGCUAUGUCAAGAGGCAUUUGACGAUAAUGAUGGACAUCGAUGGCAAGCAUGAGUGGAGGGACUGCAUAGAGGUGCCCGGUGUCCGUCUGCCCCGGGGCUACUACUUCGGCACCUCCUCCAUCACUGGAGAUCUCUCAGACAACCAUGAUGUCAUUUCCCUGAAGUUGUUUGAGCUGACGGUGGAGAGAACCCCAGAAGAGGAGAAGCUGCAUCGAGAUGUGUUCCUGCCCUCGGUGGACAACAUGAAACUGCCCGAGAUGACAGCCCCGCUGCCGCCCCUGAGUGGCCUGGCCCUCUUUCUCAUCGUCUUUUUCUCUUUGGUGUUUUCCGUAUUUGCCAUUGUCAUUGGGCUCAUACUCUACAACAAAUGGCAGAACCAGAGCCGAAAGCGCUUCUACUGAGCCCUCCUGCGAUCACGACCUCUGUGACUGUCACCCAGGAGUAUGGGAGGAGCAGGCACUGGCCUGAGCACAUAGCCAGGCGGGUCUUCUCUCGUCUCCAGCAGCUGGUCAAGGACUCGGUUCUGUCACUGGAGCUUUGAGUGCCGGGACACUGCGUUCCCAUGGUCACCCAUGAGGACGUCGAACUCUGGAUCAGGAAGCCCACCCCCCUGGGCAAUGCUGCUGUGAUGUGCCUUUCCCCGCAGUCCUGCCACUUGGGAGCGAAGAGGGAUGGAGAGAACAUAGGCUGUCAUGAUGCCAAAACCACCGGAAAGAGUGUCAUAGCCCAGGCUGCCUUGUUGUUGGGCUCAGAGGACCCUCGUACUUCAUUCUUAAAUCUGCAAAGACUAGAAAACUGAUAACUCCUCAUACCGUCCAGCCAUCUGUCCACUGGUUUUUGCUUUUUGUCUAAGCCUCUCUCCACCUGAGGAGCUUUCCUUGGAAAUCUGGAUGGAAACUUCUUCCCUGCCUUGCCUUCCUCCCCUCCAUUCAUUGUCCUCUGCAGAUGCAACCUGAGCUGGAAAAGACAUCUGGCUGCCUCUCUCUUGGGGCCUGGGGCUACACAACAAACUUGAGUUUCACUGACCCUCAUUAGGUGGCCGUAGGGAGGGGCCAUUCUGCUGGGGCUCACGGCUCUAGCCUUUGUUCUUGCGGGUGAUCUUGGUUCUGUUGGUGUGGUCAUGACCCUCCCAAUUAGGUCCCUUUAGGCCCUCAGCCAGGUUUGGCUGAAAGCUGGUGUGCAGGUCAAGAGAAGCUUGGGAGACGUCACGGAUGCAGUGGGACUAACUGUGAAACUGACUGCUCCACUUUUUGACACCGAAAGCAACACCUGUCACAUGAUCUGACCACGUGGAGAUGUUUCUGGACUCUCUGGAGCCUGCUUAGCUGCAUGUCUUGUGUUCAUCAUAAUUUUUGGAAGCCUACUUAGAGUGUUCAAAAUGUAAGGAAACUUUGUUCUUAUAGCCUGAGCUUGGAUACUGCCCAAAGAGGAAACCUGGCUUCUCUUUCUUAAUGGAUAAGGAAUGGUUGUUGUAAAUCUGGAAGCAGUAGACCCCCGGCAUCUGUGCCUGGAAGAGUUCAUUGUCAUUUGAGCAGCCGAGCCUGAGUGUCCUCUGUGGGUCAGCCCUGAUUCCACUGCCUUACCUGAUGAGGGGUCACGUGCUGCUUACCUGUCUGCCCUGUGAUUCCAUUGCUAACAGGCCGGAGGCUCCCUGGAGGGCUUGGACUCUGAGCUCUCCUAGCUCUGUGCUUCUGUAGCCUGAGGGAAAGUCUUAACAUGGCUGAUGGAAACUAAACGUGAA